CUGCUGUCUCUCUUUCUCUCCGGACGUGACCGCCGCCGCCGCCAUUGUGCGGCGCUGUACCUUUCGAAGAGUGCUUCUUAGGCGAGUACCUGGGGCUGUUGCCCUUGCUUCUCGCUGUCUUGUUCGGGAAUCCCGGCGGGUCCGGGACUCCCGUCCGUGCCGGUGCGGGCGCCGGCAUGUGGCUGUGGGAGGAACAGGAGGGCCUUCUGGGUCCCUUCUCCUUCAUACUACUGCUGCUACUGCUGGUGACACGCAGCCCCUUCAAUGCCUGCCUCUUCACCGGCAGCCUCUACCUCCUGCUGCGCCUCUUCAGCUUUGAGCCUUUGCCCUCCCGCAGGGCCUUGCAGGUGCUCAAGCCAAGGGACCGCGUUUCCGCCAUCGCCCACCGCGGCGGCAGCCACGACGCGCCGGAGAACACGCUGGCUGCUAUUCGACAGGCAGCUAAGAAUGGAGCAACAGGCGUGGAGUUGGACCUUGAGUUUACUUCUGAUGGGAUUCCUGUUUUAAUGCACGAUAACACAGUAGAUAGGACAACAGAUGGCACUGGUCGAUUGUGUGACUUGACAUUUGAACAAAUUAGGAAGCUUAAUCCUGCAGCAAAUCACAGAUUAAGGAAUGAUUUCCCUGAUGAGAAAAUCCCUACCCUGAGAGAAGCGGUUGCAGAGUGCUUAAAUCAUAACCUUACAAUCUUCUUUGAUGUCAAGGGCCAUGCAAACAAGGCUACUGAUGCUCUAAAGAAAAUGUACAUGGAGUUCCCUCAACUAUACAAUAAUAGUGUGGUCUGCUCUUUCUUACCAGAAGUUAUUUAUAAGAUGAGACAAACAGAUCAGAAUGUAGUAACCGCUUUAACGCACAGACCUUGGAGCCUUAGCCAUACAGGAGAUGGGAAACCACGCUAUGAUGCUUUCUGGAAACAGUCUUUGUUCGUGGUCCUAGAUAUCUUGCUCGAUUGGAGCAUGCACAAUAUCUUGUGGUACCUGUGUGGAAUUUCAGCUUUCCUCAUACAAAAGGAUUCUGUAUCUCCGAACUACUUAAAGAAAUGGUCAGCUAAAGGCAUUCAGGUUGUUGCAUGGACUGUUAAUACCGUUGAUGAAAAAAGUUACUACGAAUCCUAUCUUGGUUCCAGCUAUAUCACUGACAGCAUGUUAGAAGACUGCGAACCUCAUUUCUAGACUGUUCCCCAGGGAGGAAACCAUGGGUACAGAGAUUGCCUGCUGGCCUCAUGCAGGAAUAUUGAAAAACCUUUUGUGCUAGGCCAAGCCAUGGGGGAUCAGGCAGCCAGCCAAGCAGUAGUCGGUAAUUGCAUUUUUACCUGAACCAAAGCAAAACCUGGUGUUGCCACUGUGCUCCAUGGAAUACCUACCUGAGUUAAAUAAUGUUGCUCUUGAAAAUCUGGGUCUGCAAAAAGGCACGACAGCUCCUGCCCAGAUCUAGCUGAGGCAUACACCAAGACCCAGUGAGGAUAAGCACAAAUCGAGUUGUGCAGUUUGGGGUGCAAAUGCGGAUGCACGGGAAAUGCAUGACCAUUCAAAGUUGACAUUUUAAAACUUGACACACUUAGAUAAUUUACUUAUUUAAAAUAUUUGCAUUCGGAUACAUUAUCAAUGUACUGCAGACAUCAAACUUGUGAUCAUACUAUUAAAAUCAUUAAAAGGAACACUAAGGGAAAACUGAGUAUCAAGUAUCAUAUCAUAAAGGAACUGAAGUUACUGUCAGUCACCCAGUGACCAGGGGCAACAGCCUCAGUGUGCUGUGUAGGGAAGGAAAUUAAGUAUUGACAUCAGCCUGAGGAAAAGUUUAUGGUACGUGUCUUGAAAUAACUAUAGACCACUAGGGAGCAGAGUUGCACUCUUCGGAUUGCUCUACAACUGAUGAGACAAUUCAAGGACAUUUAGGCUUAUUUUACACAAGAAAACUAAAACCUGUGCAAGGGAAGGGUCUUCCUCAGAUAUGCCACAGCUGGUGACUGGCACAGCCUGGUCUUAUUUAGCAGACAUGUUGGGGGGGCAGGGUACCAACAAUAAACAACUAUGUGGUUAACACA